UAGUGACGAUGCCUAGCUACCCCGCACAAAGGGCGAAGGAGAAGCGUUCCAAAGGGAUGAUACAACAAAGCAACCUAGCAUAACGUUGUGAAACGAGGUCUUGUUUAGGUUCCGUGCUCCGUUCCGGUUGUGGGUGCCAGUGCAGCAACAGUGCCGAAGUAUGUGCUGCACCUCGGUAUUGCUGGUAGUGCCAAUAGUGUGAAGGAAAAUGAAGUGCGUAGUUGUAAGAAGAGUAGCGGCGGUAAUGGUGGCGCUACUGCUGCUGUUCGCACAUGGGCCCGUGCUGGGCGCAAGGCCCCUGGCAGCCGACACCGCCAGCCCGAACGGCGCCUACCCGGGCAUGCAGCUACUGAGCGAGUCCGUGCACGACGAGCAGCAGGCCGGAGACGACCACAAUCCGAUACUGGUCUUGACGAAGGACGCCGGCCAAACGAAGCCAAACGCACCGGUACUGCACGACGGCAUGCCCGACGAACCGAACCCGCUGAGCCUGGAGCGUUUGCUGGUGCCCAGGGAAAGCUUGGCCGACUAUCCCGAACGCGACGGUCUGAGCACCACCGAAGAAGAGGAAGAAGAGGAGGAAGAAGAAGAAGCGGAGGAGGAUGCUAUGGAAGAGGAGGAGGAGGAGGUGGAGGAGGAAACCGAGCGGGAGGAAGCGCGGGAGGAAGAGAUUCGGAAGCAGGAUGGGAUGGCGCGUGAUGGCUUUUCGACAUACUACGUGCGUCCGAAUCAUAGCUCCGGUACCAAGAUGGCGGGCCCGGGAGAUGAGCUGCGACGCCAUUCGGCGAAUCCGUGCGGUUCCGGGAUCGUCGAGCAUUUGAAAUCCUCGGAGCACGUCGUACCGGUGCGCCGAAGCCCGGAAGAGGAGGACACCAACUUUUACAUCGAUGUCACGCACGAUCUGCUAGAAACGCGUACCGGAAUUGUGCCGAAAAUUGUUUACAGAGUGCAAGCUAGACGCUCGCCGGAUACUCAAAUUAGAGACUUUUACAUAGAAUCUCUAGUCGGCGAUCCCUACAGCUUUGACCAAUCAACGGCACGUCCGGUUGGGCAGUUUGCUACCCGGAGCGUGAAUAAUGGUGGACAGCUGAGUAAUGGGUACAAGCAAACGGUGGGUGAUGUGGAUAGUAUACCGCGUAGUACCUGGAUCGAUGAUAUGGAAAUCGACUGGCUUCAUCAUGCGUACGCGACACAGCAGCAGCAACAACACCACAAACAGCGCGUUAUAUUCGGGGAACCGUUUCCUUCCUAUUUCGAUGUGGACAACGACCACGACUCCACACGGUCCUAUGACGACGUGGAUGGAGACGACCCUGACGACAGCACGCUGGACGAGAAUUCGCUAGAGUUCGAGGACGCUGGAAUGCUCUUAAAGCGGCCAUUAAACACAAAACGGGCCGGUAAACGAUGCCCACGUAAUGUUUGGAAGCAUGACGGUAUGCUAGAGGAGCAAGCGACCAUCAACUGGUCCGUCCCGGGGACACAAGCGUAUGGAGCCAUUUUUAACAGCUCCAGCAGUAGCGGUAGCUCGAGUGGAGGUUUGGAGAAUCAGAGUAAAAAUAUUUACUUUAGAAUAUUAUAUCGAACAAUGACUAGUUACGUGAUCUACGAAUUGAUCUACACAAUGGUGCUUUUACGAGAGUGUAGCUUAUAUCUCAGGCAAGCGCAAGGCAGGAUCGCUUCGACUAACCUUCCGACUGGGUAUCAGGACUGUAGCCUAACCUUUCCAUCACGUCCAACCGCUCAACCAGACGAGCUACCCGGUUUGCUAGUACAGCUGACGAGACUCAAUACACCGUGCCGGGGUGGUGGCUUUCUUCGCUUCAUGCCCGAUCCCAGUCACCAGGACGCUAGUGGUGGUACCAGCGAUGCUGGCAGUAGCAAUCACUUUACCGGUCAGGACGACGAACAAUCGAGAGCUCGUAGUGGUCAUCAAACCAUAUCACUCUGUGGCAAACUGGAGGAGCUGCCAGCAUCGGAGCGGGCGUUUCACUUUCAAUCACAUCAUAACACCACCUUGUGGCUGCACAAUUCACCACUGUUUAGCUUGCAGUAUAGACUAGUUGACUACUGUUACAACAUGACACUGCGCGAACAGAAUGGGACGGUACAGUUGCGGCCCGGUGACGGCUCGCUGGACUGCUACUUUCGCAUUCAUCUACCGUACGGAUAUAGGAUAGCUAUGCAACUGCUGACGAAUGACUGGCGACAACAGAGUCACCAUACAGGGCAACUCAACGACAGUACGGUGGGGUAUGUACCAGUUGAGCUGGAUCUGAUCGACCUGGACAUUGGGAACCAACAGUUUCUAGCACCGAUCCGUUGCUCCUCGGCAAACGGUAUGUUGGUGGAGGUGUUCGAAGACGCCGAACAUCGAUGGGCGUCCUGUAUCAACGCUAGCUCGGACUCGACCCGCUACAUCUUAACGUCCAACGGUAACAACAUCGUAGUGAAAGUGAGCAAACUACAGCAACCAUUGAUCGAUGAGAUCCGUGAUUCAAUCGAUCCUUCAUCAUCCGCAUCAGCCUCGUUGGCCGCGUCCACUGGAUUGCGUGAGAACGGUACGGCGACACUGCUGUUCGAGUAUAGGGCGAACCCGAUUGAAUCCAUUACUUCACGUUGUGCCUUUGGUUGGAUAGCAACCACUCAGUUCUGCAUUUCAUCCAUCGAGCGGCGGCUACCGUGGCAGGAGGCGGAAUUCGAAUGUAACCGGCUCGGUGGCCACCUAAUGUCAAUACGCUCGUCCGAGGACCAGCAACUCACCGAUCAACUGCUCUUCAACAGUCCGGCUUACAAAGAUGACAAUGCGUACUGGAUUGGUGCGUCCGAUCUCACCGUGGAGGGUGACUUUCGAUGGAAUGACAAGUAUGCCUUCACAUACUCAAACUGGUUUCCAGGCUGGGUGCACCAGGAAAACUACAAUCGGCAACCGAAUGAUGAUGGGCUCAGCGGGCAGGAUUGCGUCGAAAUUCGACGCCACUUUCAGAUUGCGUCCAGUAGUGGACAGACCACACCGACCGUUAGUCCGCUCACCCUGUCAUACAUGUGGAACGAUCGCAACUGUGAUGCCCGCAAUUAUUUCCUGUGCGAGCGAAUGAUGGAUGAAGAGCUUCCAGAGCGACUUUGGAACGAAUCGGAAUGCAACGUAACCGUCACACUCAGCGUGGAACGAUCGAAGGCAACGGUAUGGAGUCCCGGAUUUCCCCAACAAUAUCCCGAUAGUGUCGACUGCUACACACUGAUACAGGCACCACCAGGCUACCGUGUAGUGCUGGACUUUGAGGAGAUGGUGUUGGAGAACGAACCACUCUGCUCCUACGACUUUCUGCAGCUAGUCGAACCGGACGUGACCGGUCCGUACGAACCAUCCAAGUCGGCGAAAGAUUUUUCCAGCACGGUACUGUUUCGCUUUCGCAACUCACGCCACAGCAGUCGCUACAAUGUACAGCAUCGGCGAAAAAGUGCCAAAACCGGUACGAAUUCGCCCGCGAUCGGUCGGAGUACUGCCGGUGCUGGUGCAGGCAGUGGUGAUGCUGCCGCCGGUGACACCGACACCAGAGGCAACAUUAACUUCAACGUACCAAGUAUCGUGCUGCAGCCGAGCGAUUCCCGGUACACGAGCAGUCUGCCACUGCCGGAGCUUAGCUUGGGCAGUGUACCGAGGAAAAUUUGUGGCGAUUGGAGUUCGAAGCUGAAGCUGCUGCGCUACGUAACGACGGGACCAUCGCUUGGACUACGGUUCGUGUCGGACUAUUCGAACAAUUAUGGCGGCUAUAAGGCUAGGAUAUCGAUGGAAAACGUGACAUCCGAGUGUCACGACGAACGGUUCAAAGCAUACAACAACUCCUGCUACCUGAUCAUCUCGUACCCGGAUGUUGACUGGACGACUGCUCAGCAGAUUUGUCGCGGCAUUGGUGCACAACUUGCUUCCAUUUCAACAACGGACGAGCAGAGGUUCAUUACAUCAAAUAUACGCAACAGUAUCGACUACACGCCAAGAUCUCUGUAUUGGGUUGGCGGGGAGAUCGCCGUCAACGGAAACCUGGAGUGGGUGGAUGGAGUGAAGCUGUUGUUUGAGGGCUGGUUACCCGGUCAACGACCAGAAAAGUCCGAAACGACCAAAGUACCUGCCUGCCUCGGUUUACAGUGGAAGGUAUCACCAACGCCAAUGAUUUCCUCCGGCCUACACUGGACGGCACAAAAAUGUACCAUGAUCGGUGGAUACGUCUGCAAGAAGCCUCGGCCACGGUUGGACGAAACGAUGGUGAAAAACCAAACGCUGACCGGCACGGAGGGUCACCUACUCUCGCCCGGCUAUCCGAAUCCUUACCCUGCUCAAACGGAUUUCUGGAUAAGGAUCGUUGCACCGGAGCAUCGUCGCAUCAUCAUCCAGUUUCAGAAACUCGAUCUCGAGCAUCAGGACGAGUGUCUGUAUGAUUACAUCAGCAUACAAAACUUCCCCAUACAACCGAACGCACGCAGCGGAUAUGCGGGAGCUGGUGGAGAGUAUGCUGGUAUUGCCGCACCGUUGACAGAGUACUUGCACAGCAAUGGAAGCGGCGCUAAGAUUCGCGAGCUGAAAGAACCCAGCUUACCGCAGACCGGCGGUUCAACGGGUGCAGAUACGAAGAAGAGAUACGCAUACCCAGACAACUAUUCCACCAGAGACAACCACACACAGUCCGGUGCUAGGUACCAGCGACGGAUCCGAUACGUUAGUAGCAGUACGGGACCAGAGUACGCCACCAGUGAUCAGGACAGUGCGGCAGAGCGUGAGUCAGCUAGCUUACAUCCGACCACACUGCUAAACGAUCCUCUGCUGCAGUUCAACGAGCUUACGCCAUCGUUUUUGCCGUACGUGCGUUGGUGUGGUACGCACGAUAGCAACAUGGCACGGUUUAACUUUAUCUCCACCGGCAACGAGGCAAUCGUGCGCUUCCAUUCGGACUUUUCCAUCAGCGGGACGGGCUUUUCGGCCACGUGGAGCACGGUCGAUAUGACGGGCUGUCCGCUGCAGACCAUUACCUCAAAGGAGGGCUCGAUCCGGAGCCCGAACUAUCCGUACUUCUUGCUGAACAACAUUGACUGCACGUACGUCAUACAGGCACCGUUCGGGCGGCGUGUGUGGUUAGAGUUUCUGCUGACCGAUCUGACACAGGACGCGACGCUGCUGGUGGACAUUGCGGACGGGCCGUUUGAACCGUUUGCGGAUCUGUCGCACGUUAACGAUGGUGUGUUCGUUAGUAAAGGCGAACGGUUAGUGGUACGGUUGAAGACGGGUGCGUCGCCGAGAGGGAACGGUUUCCAUGCGAUCUUCAAGACAUUGGCACAUGUGAACGAACAGCGUUUUAUAACGCUUUCGAACAAGACAACCGGCAUGCUCUAUUCGCUCAACUAUCCAGAAGCGAUGCCGUACGAUGUCGACUACACGCAGCAUCUGAUCGCUCCACUCGGUGAGGUUAUUCUGUUGGAGCUGUACGGCGUCGGAUUUAGCCAACAUGGAUGCCAUCAGACCGGUUUCAUAGAGAUCUAUGACAACUACACCGACAGUAACGGUACGCUUUGGCACCUGUGCGAACAUCACCCAACAACCGGCAAACCACCGACUACCGUGGAAUCCGACACAAUCCUGCUAAAUAAUGGUGCAGCAGAGCAUCAUUACACAUCAGCACACGGUGCGGCGAAACUAAGACAGCCACCGUUGGCCAGCCAUACACUCAGCAAGCCAGCUCCGAUCUACAUUACCUCGUAUCUGAACACUAUACACAUACGGCAGCGCAAUGCGAACGGUACAGGCAUACGGUUGAACGCCACGGUACGCCUGCAGGAGGAUGCCGGCUACAAGAUGAAGCUCAUCUCCAACACGGACGAGUGGGUCGAGAGCUGCAAACCGAACCCAUGCCAGUACGGUGGUAAGUGUAUUAUCGCUGGCCAGAAACGAGGCAUCUGUCAGUGUUACGGCCAUUUUACCGGUCGCUUCUGUGGACUGAACAUCUGCGAGCUGGAACCGUGCUUCUUUGGCAAAUGUGAACUUACGCCCACCAGCUUUAAGUGCAACUGUCAGCCAGGAUUUGUCGGGGUGCGGUGCGACCAGCGUCAGAAACCUUGUGCCGACAAUCCGUGCGAAAGCCGGGGCGAAUGUUUCGAGAAGAAUGGUGGCUUUUACUGUCGGUGUCACGCCUGGUGGGAAGGACCACGGUGCGAGAAGCGCAUGAUGCACAUACCCUACAAACCGCUCUCGGAACGUAUGCUACAGGAACCGUUCUGGCUCGGGCUGAUAACCGUGUUUGUGGUGCUCGCCGUGAUCGGGUUGGUCUGGUGUGCCAAGCGUCACUUUCCGGAGAAGAUCGAAAAGCUGCUGGCGGACGAUACACAGCUGAAUCGAAGUAACGAUCGCCACUUCAAAAGUACGUUCCCGCCGCACCAUCUGAACACGUCCUUGCGCGAGCAGCUGCAGGCUACGGCCGGUACCGUAUCGUCGUCGAACGCGACAACGCCCGCCUCGCACCGGACGAUCUUUGGACGAUUGGGUAUAAGAAAACCAUCCAUAUUGAGUCUCAGCAGCCCACAGCAAGUUGGAGGGGCUACCGCUAGAACAUUUUCUUUAGAUGAUCUUUUACGGCCCCCUCCUCGACGCACACCAUCGCCCCGAAAAAAGCGAAACAAUUCCACCCCGACCAAGAAGAACGUCAACGAAAAGAAGCAGAUCCUGCAGCAGCUGGUUUCACCCGCGCAAAAUGCCGCCACUAAACAGGUAAGCUUGGGCGAGCUGAUACAACUCUCGGAAACACGGCUAAAGGCCAACUAUGCCGAAUCGGAGGCCGGCCUGAAGGAGACCACGUUCUCGGAGAACUCGCUCUCGGUCACGUCGAUGGUGCGGCAGAUAUCGGACCCGAAGCUCGAGAAGAAGGUCACCUUUGCGCGGCUGCUCAGUAAGGUGUCGGCGGAGAUGAGCUCCGGCUCGGAGGACCUAGCGAAUGGAACGAAGCAUUCUAGUGCCCUAAGUCUUCCCAAUGAGGUACAGCCACGCGCAAAUUCCGUACCGCCGUCACCGUGCACAAACGAAAUCCGGUCGCCUCACAGUACCUCGUCGAACCAGGGCAGUGAUUCGCUUUCCAGCUCCGAGCUAGCGCUGCACGAUUUUGGCUUGCGCAGCAGCAAUCGCCGCACGCGGCCUAAGGUUUCGAGUGCCGACUCGAUACUGGCGAUGUUCAAAAACUUUGCCGCGUCCAGCACCGCGCUCAAUACGCUACCGUCGUCGAUCGUCAUCUCGCCGUCGUCCACACCGACCGCCUCCAGCCCGCAGGACGAUGUGCCGGGCGAUGACGAUUCGUCCACGUCGUCGAACCAUACGCCGGUGAGCUACUCGAGCGGCGGUACGUCCGACUCGCCCGUCUUCUACCGGCAGAGCACGAUUGAGGUGCCGGUACUGGACGCGCUCAGUGCGCACAAAUCGGCCGCAAGCACGACGACCAGCAGUAGCACGUCCGCCAGCUCGGCCCAGCUCCAUCCGCCGACGAUUCUGCUCGAGAUACCGAGCAACGGCAUCAACAACAAGUGUCUGUCGCCUAUCCGGGAAAUGCCGACACCGAUACCAUCACCGGCACUGACGCCGAUUAUGCCACGGCCGCAGCGUAUGCGCACCCCGCAGUCGAUACACGACGAGUCGAUGUCGGUGACGUUCAACAGUGGAUACGAAGAUUAUCACAAGCCUCAUCAGCUAUCGAUCGAAAUACGGCCACCGGACGAGCCGGACCGUGGCGAGUACUCGUCCUCUACUACACUGUCGUCCUCGCAAAGCGACACUACGGUCGACGGUCCUGCCGGGCUCGGGCUGCCGAUGAUAUCGAUCGACAUUCAUCCACCGACACCCGAACGCAAGAGUCCCGAGCGGCCGCGUGAUUUGAUCAUUCCACAGCUAGUGAUACAGCAGCCGAGCCCAACAAAGGAACGCACGACGGUGGUAGUAAUACCUGGCUCACCACCACCGCAACGUGCCAACCAGUCGUUCGACGCAAGCAUACUAUCGAACACAGGUGGUAAACAGCCGCAACAGAAGAGAUUUCUCAAGCAGUGGGAAAAGCCAACCUCACUCGAUCUCCCAUUCGAUCCGCCAAUGAUCACGAUCACCUGCAACAGCAAUGAGGUCGUGUCGGACGCGGACGUUCCAUCGCCGGCGCAUCCGAUCGGCUCGAAAGGUUCGAAAGCGAAUGGUGCCGGUGGUCUUGGUCCGCCCGGCGGUAUGUGCUACUUGAGUCCGUUCUCGAUGUGCAUCCGUGGUGAUCGUGCACCGUCCGAAAGCAAUCUCAGCUCAUCCGGUUACUCUAGCAUGGCGAGCCCCGGUCCCAGCCGUUGCGGAUCGAACAAUCCACUCUUUCCGAAUGAAUCCGACGAACCUGGUUCAGGUCCAGCCGGCCCAGGUGGUUACACCGGAUUUCACUCACUAAUCAACAAUCGACGACAAUCAUCUAAUGUAAGGAAACGGUCGGCAGAUAAUGGCAAUGGUGCCAGCAUGGGUAACACCAACACCGGUCAAACCGCCGGCUUUGGGCAGCAUCAGGCGUCCUCGUUUCGGCUGCGGUCCGACUCGGAAACGCUGUCCGACGAGCCGCUGCUAGAGUCAAACGACGAGGGUAUCGGUACGGACCAUCUGGACGAGAAAAUAGAGGAGGGCGAAAUACGUAGCGCCAAGGAGCUGGAGCUGUACCUUGGCAAGGAGCUGAUACAGACCGGGCACGACAUCCUCAGCCAAGAGUGCUUGUCGAUGUCGCAGCUGCAGCUGCCGGCGAUCGUCAUCCAGUCGGACGCCGGGUACGACAAGCCGUCCCCCGUUUCGUCCCGCUCCGACAGUCCCCUGAGCGAACGCAAUGCCAGCAUGGAACGGUUUUCGCCCAUGUUCUACGGCAAAAAGGAUCAGCAUCUGCCGUUCACGGACUCGGACGGGCUAUACGAUUUUCCAUCGUCGGAUGGGAAGGGUGGCACCGGUAGUACCGUCGUCACCGCGCAUCGCAAAUGUGUCGGCCGCAGAAAGGAUCGGCGAGUGGCCCGAUCCGGUGUAGCGGUGCAGUCACCCUCCAGAUCUACCUCCGUGCUGUUGGAGAUUCCAGGCAGCAAGGAAAACGUGGCUCAGUACGGUCAGCACACCGUGGCAGGUGGCAAACCGACCGGUGGUGCACCAUCAACGCGCAAAAGUCCCAAACGACGCGUGCAUCGUCAGCCACUGGCAAGCAGCUCGUCGUCUACGGAGUCGCUGACGUCCAUCCGGGAGUACGCAAUCCGAGCAGGCAAAGAUCAAGCCGGUACGGCACAUGUCGUCACCGUACAAGAUUCGGUGGAACAUUGCGAUAAUAAUGGCGACGGUAAAGGUCAGGAGAACGCUAACAGCCAGAUGUUACCGAAACCAACGCCAACGGAAGAUCUGCGCAAGCCGCCAUACAAAAUACGGCGGCUGAAGGCGAUCGGAAACCAGAUAAGGUUUUUGCGUCGACUGGAGCGUUCUAUACACCGGAAGGAGCAGCCAGCUCAGCCAUCCGACGAAGAUCUGAAUGAGAGCAGUAGUAUAAAAGAUUCGCCCAAGAUGUCGUCGCCGCUUAUCCGAUUCAAGCAGUCACAAAUCGACGAGGAGGACGAAUCGGAGGAGGACGAUAGUAAAAGCAAAUACUACUCCAACGCACUGAAUAAGCAGCAGCAGCAACUACAGCAGCAACAGCAACUCUUGCUACCCUCGGAAGCGAACGCAGUCAACGCGAAUUCCCGCCAGCAUUGCAAAAUAUCGCGACAGAGGCGUGUUCCUAGCCAUGACUGCUAUGCUGCCAAACCAUGGUCCGAGGCCGAGUGCAAGCUGCUCGGGAGUGAGGUAAAUAGUGACUGA